AUGCGUUCUUUUGUAAUAUAUGAUAAUAUGGAUGCUUGUAAACUUGGUCAAUCGAGACUGAAAGAUCACUACCCUGGAGUUCGUUGGAUUAGGUUUCUUACGAACGAUGGAUAUAUCUUUGAUAUAGCUGCCCCAUUGUUUCAAUUCAGCACGGUCAUUCAAAAUAUGUUUGAAGGCUUACAAUUAGGGACCGAAGUUGAACCAUCUGACUGCUCAGAAGACUUUUCCGAAAUUGUAACUAAUGAUAUGCCUAUUUGUCUCAAUUUCGACGGAACUCACUUUGAAGCUUUGUUGCAAGCUUUAGAAUCUCUCUCCGCCCAUACUCAUCACAAUCUAUCGGAUCAUAGUUCGGACAUUUUAAUUUCAAUGCUAAAGAUAGCGGACUUUUUCGAUGUUGAAGACUUGAUAGUUUUGAUAGUGAAGGAAAUAGAUUCAAGGAUGUCGGGAAGCACACCAGACCAAAUAAGGGAGAACUUCAACAUCACAAACGAUUUCAAAAAAGACGAAUUGGAUCAGAUAAAGAAUGAAGGAUUAUGGACCUUCAAUGCUCAGGUUUAA